CUUUUCCACCCGGAUUCCUGGUUGCCAGAGCUGAAGGAAUGAGAAGGCGUCAUGGAGGCCCAGUCCCAGAGCUCGACGACCACUGAGAAAAAGAAAGUGGAGAAUUCCAUAGUGAAAUGCCCCACUCGUCCAGAUGUCAGCGAGAAAGCCGUGGCCUCCAGCACCACUUCCAAUGAGGAUGAAAGUCCUGGACAGACCUAUCACAGAGAGAGAAGAAACGCAGUCACUAUGCAGCCACAGAUUGCCCCGGGGCUCAGCAAGAUCAGCGAGGAGCCUUCAACAUCCAGCGACGAGAGGGCCUCGCUGAUCAAGAAGGAGAUCCAUGGGUCCCUGCCCCACCUGGCCGAGCCCUCUGUCCCCUACCGCGGGGCUGUGUUUGCCAUGGACCCCAGGAAUGGCUACAUGGAGCCUCACUAUCACCCUCCUCAUCUCUUUCCUGCAUUCCAUCCUCCUGUACCAAUUGAUGCCAGACACCACGAGGGCCGUUACCAUUAUGAUCCAUCUCCGAUCCCUCCGUUGCAUGUGCCUUCUGCCUUAUCUAGUAGCCCCACGUAUUCUGACCUGCCCUUCAUCAGGAUCUCCCCACAUCGGAACCCUGCUGCAGCUUCCGAGUCCCCCUUCAGCCCCCCGCAUCCCUACAUCAACCCCUACAUGGACUACAUCCGGUCCCUGCACAGCAGCCCAUCCCUCUCCAUGAUCUCGGCCGCUCGUGGGCUGAGCCCCACAGAUGCCCCCCACGCCGGAGUCAGCCCAGCAGAAUAUUAUCAUCAGAUGGCCCUGUUAGCUGGCCAGCGCAGCCCCUAUGCAGACAUCAUUCCCUCCGCUGCCACCGCCGGCGCAGGGGCCCUCCACAUGGAGUAUCUUCACGCCAUGGAUAGCAGCAGAUUCCCCAGCCCUAGGCUGUCAGCCCGGCCGAGCCGAAAACGUACACUGUCCAUAUCGCCACUGUCCGAUCACAGCUUUGACCUUCAGACCAUGAUAAGGACAUCUCCCAACUCCCUGGUCACGAUUCUCAAUAAUUCCCGCAGCAGCUCUUCAGCAAGUGGCUCCUAUGGCCACUUAUCUGCAAGUGCAAUCAGCCCUGCCCUGAGCUUCACCUACCCUUCGGCGCCCGUGUCCCUCCACAUGCAUCAGCAGAUCCUAAGCCGACAACAGAGCUUAGGCUCAGCCUUUGGACACAGCCCUCCGCUCAUCCACCCUGCCCCAACUUUCCCGACCCAGAGGCCUAUUCCCGGGAUCCCUACAGUUCUGAACCCCGUCCAGGUCAGCUCCGGCCCUUCCGAGUCCUCACAGAACAAGCCCACGAGUGAGUCUGCAGUGAGCAGUACAGGGGACCUGGUGCACAACAAACGCUCCAAGAUCAAACCAGAUGAAGACCUCCCCAGCCCAGGGCCACGGGGCCAGCAGGAACAGCCAGAAGGAACAACCCUGGUGAAGGAGGAAGGGGACAAAGAUGAAAGCAAACAGGAGCCUGAAGUCAUCUACGAGACAAACUGCCACUGGGAAGGCUGUUCUCGAGAGUUCGACACCCAGGAGCAGCUGGUGCAUCAUAUAAAUAAUGACCAUAUCCAUGGAGAGAAGAAGGAGUUUGUGUGCCGGUGGCUCGACUGUUCGAGGGAACAGAAACCCUUCAAAGCCCAGUAUAUGUUGGUGGUCCACAUGCGCAGGCACACAGGGGAGAAGCCUCACAAAUGCACUUUUGAAGGUUGCACAAAGGCCUACUCGAGACUCGAAAACUUGAAAACACACUUGAGAUCUCACACUGGAGAGAAACCAUACGUCUGUGAGCACGAAGGAUGCAACAAGGCUUUCUCUAAUGCCUCCGAUCGCGCCAAGCACCAGAACAGGACACAUUCCAAUGAGAAACCAUAUGUGUGCAAAAUCCCCGGCUGCACCAAGCGCUACACAGACCCCAGCUCCCUCCGGAAACACGUGAAGACUGUGCACGGCCCAGAGGCUCAUGUCACCAAGAAGCAGCGAGGGGACGUGCAUCCCCGGCCCCCGCCCCCGCGAGAUUCCGGCGGCCACUCACAGUCUAGGUCACCUGGCCGGCAGACUCAGGGAGCCCUCGGGGAGCAGAAGGACCUCAGCAACACUACCUCAAAGCGGGAAGAAUGCCUCCAAGUGAAAACGGUCAAGGCGGAGAAGCCCAUGACAUCUCAGCCAAGCCCUGGUGGUCAGUCUUCAUGCAGCAGCCAACAGUCCCCCAUCAGCAACUAUUCCAACAGUGGGCUCGAGCUUCCUCUGACUGAUGGAGGUGGUGUGGGCGACCUCAGUGCCAUCGAUGAAACCCCAGUCAUGGACUCGACCAUUUCCACUGCAACCACAGCCCUUGCUUUGCAAGCCCGGAGGAACCCAGCAGGGACCAAAUGGAUGGAGCACGUCAAACUAGAAAGGCUCAAACAAGUGAAUGGAAUGCUUCCACGACUGAACCCCAUUCUACCCCCUAAAGCCCCUGCAGUCUCUCCUCUCAUAGGAAACGGCACGCAGCCCGGUACCAGCUGCAGUCUGGGCGGGCCCAUGCCCCUUCUCCCGAACAGAAGCGACCUGUCUGGGGUGGAUAUCACCAUGUUGAACAUGCUCAACCGGAGGGACAGCAGCACCAGCACCGUCAGCUCCGCCUACCUGAGCAGCCGCCGCUCCUCUGGCAUCUCGCCCUGCUUCUCCAGCCGCCGGUCCAGCGAGGCGUCUCAGGCCGAGGGGCGACCCCAGAACGUGAGCGUGGCCGACUCUUAUGACCCUAUCUCCACCGACGCCUCUCGCAGGUCCAGCGAGGCCAGCCAGGGCGACGGUCUGCCCAGCCUGCUCAGCCUCACUCCCGCCCAGCAGUACCGCCUGAAAGCCAAGUACGCUGCCGCCACGGGCGGCCCCCCGCCCACGCCGCUGCCCAACAUGGAGAGGAUGAGCCUCAAGACCCGGAUGGCCCUGCUGGGAGAUGGCAGGGAGCCGGCGGGGACCCUGCCUCCCGUGCAUCCUCCUCGGAGAUGCAGCGACGGCGGGGCCCACGGUUACGGUCGGCGCCCACUGCUGCCCCAGGAUGCACUGGGCAACGGCGUGAGAAGAGCCAGCGACCCGGUGAGGACGGUUUCGGAGAGCCUCUCUCUGCCCCGGGUACAGCGAUUCAACAGCCUUAACAGCUUCAACCCUCCGGUGUUGCCUCCAUCCCUGGAAAAGCGCAACCUCGUGCUUCAGAACUACACGCGGCCCGAUGGGGGCCAGGCCCGCCACUUCCACUCCUCUCCCUGUCCCCCGAGCAUCACUGAGAAUGUCACCCUGGAGUCCCUGACCAUGGACGCCGACGUGAGCCUGAACGAUGAGGACCUCCUGCCCGAUGACGUGGUGCAGUAUUUAAAUUCCCAGAACCCAGCCGGGUAUGAGCAGCACUUCCCAGGCACCUUCUCUGAUGACAGCAAAGUGCCCCACGGCUUGGGGAGUAUACCCGGGGACUUUGACCCACUGGGACUGCCCGAUAGCCAUGCCAGCCACACCAGCAGCCAGCAGUACCGCAGCCUGGAGCAGCCCUGCCCCGAUGCCAGUAAAUCCGACCUGCCCAUUCAGUGGAACGAAGUCAGCUCUGGCAGCGCCGACCUGUCCUCCUCCAAGCUGAAAUGCGGCCAGCGGUCCAUGGGGCAGCAGGCCCGGGCCUUCGGGUCGUACAGCCACAUGGGUGUUCACCCACAGAAUCCCUUGAGGAGUGGGGCUGGCCCAGCUGGGGGGUAUCCGACCCUUGGGGAGCAUGCCAGCUCCUUCGGGGGCCUGGAACACUUAGUGAGCCACGGUGGCGGAGCUGGCACCAACGGGAAUACCUUCCAUGAACCACCCUAUAAGGCCCAGCAGUAUGGGAACUGCCUCAACAGGCAGCCUGGUGCCCCCAGCUUACUCGAUGGGGCCUGUGGCCCUGGGAUCCAGGCAGUAAAGCUGAAAAGCAUCACCAUGCAAGGGAGCGGGAGCCAUCUGGAUUUUGGCCUGUCGGUGGCGUCGAAUGAGUCAACCAGCAGCACGGUGAAUGGCAUGCCCACCCCAGACCCCACAGGGCAGGGGUACCUGGCUCAGCAGCUCCUCGGUGACAGCACACACCCGCAGGGGGCAGGCCGCUCCGGGCAGAACCUGCUGGGGCAGGCUAGUGCUACCUCACACAUCUAUCAAGGGUCGGAGAGCAGCCUGCCCGGGCCUCCCAGCAUCAGCGUGCAGCCGCCAAGUGUGGCAGCUGUCAGGGGCUACCAGCCAUGUGCUGGCUACGGGGGUGGCCGGCGCCAGGCUGGGCCGAGGGGUGGUCUCACUCUGCAGCCAGGACAGUUCAGUGACCCGAGUCAGACCUGCAGGGUGAAUGGCAUCAAGAUGGAGAUGCCAGGACAGCCCCAUCAGCUCUGUUCGAAUGUGCAGAGUUACUCUGGUCAGUUCUAUGACCAAACCGUUGGCUUCGGUCAGCAAGACAUGAAAACUGGUUCCUUCUCCAUGUCAGAAGCCAACUGCCUGCUCCAGGGGGCCGGCGCCGAAAACUCUGAAUUACUCUCCCCAGGUGCUAACCAGGUGACAAGCACAGUUGACAGCCUUGAUAGCCAUGACCUGGAAGGGGUGCAGAUUGAUUUCGACGCUAUCAUAGACGACGGGGACCACGCCAGCCUGAUGUCGGGAGCCCUGAGCCCAAGCAUCAUUCAGAACCUUUCUCAUAGCUCCUCCCGACUCACCACGCCGCGGGCCGCCCUCCCGUUCCCGCCUCUGUCUUUGAGCACCACCAACAUGGCAAUCGGGGACAUGAGCUCUCUGCUGACCUCCCUCGCGGAAGAAAGCAAAUUCCUUGCGGUUAUGCAGUAA